AUGACACAGGAUAUUUCUGAAAAAAUUGAAGUUAUUUCAAUUAAUGAUUCUCAACCAGAAGAACAAGGUCCAGUAGUUCCUCAUGAAAGACAAGUGGUUGAUUGUGUGAUUGCCAUUUGGAAAGAAGACCCAUCUACUGAAUCCUUAGGAAUGUCUAAAUUACAUGCAUUAGUUAAACAAAAACAUCCAAAUUGGAGUAUUUCUGAAAAAAGAGUUAAAGCAUUAUUAAAACAAUUCGGGUUAGCAUUCAAUAAUCAAGAACAAUUUACAUAUGCCAAAGAUAUCACCAGUGUAAUGACACCAGAUGUCGAUUUACCUGCAAAUAUUCACAUCAUUAUGUCUUCCAAAAAGGGUAAGGGAUUAUAUGCUAAAAAAGAUAUUAAAAAAGGAGAUUUGAUGUGGUCAGAAGAACCCUUGUUUUUUGUUCCACCAUUAGCUAAUGUCCAUUUAAUGAAAAAUGCAUCUGCCUGUACAUAUUGUGGGAAAUUGUUACAGCAAUCUGAAGCAAGUGCGGUGUUAAAAGGAUUGGACUGUAAUGUUUGUGCAGAAGUAUGGUGUUCUAAGAAGUGUAAACAAUUGGAAGGCACUUUACAUGGAUUAUUGAAACAUAAUGUUUAUAACCCAAGUUCUAAGAGAAGUAAGACUAUCGAUGCUGAAGCGUUUUUAGAAAUACAAGAAUAUUGUUUAGAAGAACAAUGGAAUGCUCUUUAUGCAAUUACUUUGAUAUAUGCCAACUGUGUCAUUGAUAGAACUGGCGUCAAACAAAAACAAUUCAAUGCCAUGGCAAGAGUUUCUCAAGACAUUAGAUACAAAGCAUUAAAUUCAUCUGCCGGUACAUUUGACAGUUUGAAUGGAGGUGCAUUAUUUGUUCAAGAACAACAAGAAAGUUUAUGGAGAAUAGGUUAUGAAAAGUUCUUGCGUGUUUUUCCAAAAAAUCCAGUUGACUAUCGUGAGUUUUUAUACAUGAUGGGAACCUACAAUAUCAACAAUUUGGAUUCUAAUGUGUUCUUAAUCCAAUCACAUUUGAAUCAUAACUGUAGUCCAAAUACAUCAGUUGAAACGGAAAUGCAACGAACCGAUGGUUUAAAGGUGUUUGCUGCGAGAGAUAUUAAGAGUGGUGAAGAGUUGACCACCACAUACGUCAACCCAAGUCAUACUGUUCAUCAAAGACAAAGAGAAUUACGUGUAAACUGGGGAUUUGUUUGUGGGUGUGCUAAAUGUAAAGAAGACUUGAAGCAGAAUGAACGUAGAAAAUCAUCAUCACACCAAGGGCUGCAAAAUGCUAGUAGCAUUAGAAACAUGUUAAAAGCAACAAAAGAAACUGUUGGAGAAGAAGGAAUCGAAUUAGAGGUGCCUUCAGAGUUCAAUGGUGAAAGAAGAAAAUCCGUUAGGUUUGAUGAAAAAGUUGUUGCCGUUAAAGAGUAA